AUGGCGACCACCGCCCCCCGCCCCCCCUUCAACCCCGUCGACACCACCUCCGCUGCGCUCCCCGCGCACGACGAAGUCGAAUCGCCGUCCCUCUCCUCCACCAACGCGCUCGCGCGCUUCGAGUUCGAAACCGGCCACGGGCGCGAGGGCACCAAGAUCCUGAUGGUGGAGUGGGAAGACUCGCCCGCCACGCGGCGCAUCCGCGGCGACUGGCACGUGUCCUGGGAGGGCAAGUCGACGGUGCUGAGCGCCGACGAUCAGCCCGCGGGCGACAUCAACCGCAUGUACUUCCUGCUGGCGCCGGGCGCGGCGGUGCCGCCGGUGGUCGUGCUGACGCACCGCCCGCGGAACGCGGACGAGGGCAAGGAGGUGGUGUGGCACACGAAUCCGCUGCCGGCGAUUUUCCCGCCCGAGCUAGGCGCGAAUGCGCGCGCGGCGGGGAAGAAGGGGAUUCUACAUACGAUUUGGGCGAAGAAGCGGCUGCAGGUGCUGAAUCGCGAGAUUGAGAGGGAGACGCGGGAGAAUGGGAUUGAGGGGAUUGGGCUGGAGAUGGCGAGCCAGGAGAAGGAGUGGAUUGAGAGCACGUUCGGGGUGGCGCCGAAGCCGAUGGGGCUGACGAUUUCGCUCGCGGAGGCGGGGGGGAUGGCGAGUUUGGGGCCGGCGAGUCCGAGGACCCCGGGCGGGGGGAGGUUGAUGGAGAAGUUGAGGGGGUUGAAGCUGGGGACGAGCGAGAGGGAUUUGGGGAACGGGGGGAAGGAGUUUGGGGGGAUAGAGCUGUCGGCGAAUAACCCGCUGAGUCCGGAGAGUUCGGAUGUUGCGGUGAGUUCGUUUGCGGCGUUUAAGGGCGCGAAUCCGCUGUCGUUGGCUGCGAAGCCGCCGCAGAGGCCGGUGGGAGGGGUGGGGAUUGCGCCCCCGCACAGCAUCGUGGCACAGCAGGAGAAGCAGCAGCAGGAUCCCGGGAUGGCGUCGUUGAAUGCCACGUUUGCGUCGCCGAAUUUCGAGUCGAGGGGCGCGCCGCUGCCGGAUGAUGAUGAUGAUAGGGAAGAUGGGCUGUUUGCGCUGCCGAUUAGCCCUAGGAGCCCCGAGAUGACAAAAAGCCCGUUCUCGUUUGCUCAGGGGGAGACGACGAAGACGGAAGGGGGACUGGCGUCGUGA